AUGUCGCUGUCAGAUCGCAGGUCAUGAUUAAGAAGAUCAUUAAAGCGGUUGAAAGUAGAUGGAAAUCAUACAGACAUAGAUUUGUCCCUUGGAUAGCUUUAAAUCUUCAAAAAAACGAAAGAACUCUGCGUCAAGUGAAAGAGCGUUCCAAAGACAAACUAAUUCCGGAUGAGCAGGUAUCCCUGUGUCUACUGCGUCUUUUUACGGCACUCCUGAAAUAUGACCAGAGAAGACAAACAGAACUUAUUCGCCUGCUUCCAGUUUCUUCUCAAAACAUGUACCUAAAUACACAACCCACUUCAACAGAGACAACCGACGUACCCUGUGACCCACAACAUGCAAUGUUGUGUGCAAUGGGGUUUUGUAUACAGAGGAGAGCUAGUUCUCUCCCAUCAGCUGGAACUGGUGUUUUCGUUAUCAAGGGAGUUGUCCCAAAAGGAACCGUUGUAGCUAUGUAUCCAGGAACUGUGUAUGAACUGCACGAGCCCAUUCUGAUCCAGUCUAUCCGUAAUCCGUUUGUGUUUAGAUGUAUAGAUGGCGUUUUAAUCGAUGGCAAUGACAAAGGAAUUUCUAAAAUAGUGUUCAGGUCAUGCAGUGGAAGAGACAGACUGGGUCCCUUCAGGCUGAGCGACAUCACAUGGCUAACAAGCAAACCUGAGAACCCGCUAGCAGUUGGACAGUACGUGAACAACUGCUCAAACGAAAAGGCUGCUAACGUUUGCUAUCAAGAAUUCAACCUUCCAGAUGAUUUUCCACUGGAGCUUCGUCAGUACCUUCCCAACGUUCAUUAUAAACAUGACACACAAAGGCCAUUACGAUGUGUGGUCCUCAUCUCCCUGAGGGACAUAAGCGCUGGAGAGGAACUCUUCUCAAACUAUUUCACCAUUGUGCACUGA